GGAGGCUUGAACAAACAGUAGCACUUUCACUGCAGCACACACUUUACAGUUUCCAUGUUGUACAGUAAGGGCAGGCUGCCCACCUGACGGCCAUUUUUCUUUAAGCAAAAAAAAAAAGAGAGGGCUGGUUAGUUGAGGUGUGUCCUAGCUUAACCAUUAACCCCAGACAUUAUCCUGUGAAGCUCCUCUGCUGACCUCCUCAAAUCACUGAUCUCUGGGAGUUUCAGCCGAGUGACAUUUUAUCAUUUUGUUUCUUGUUCACUGGAAAAGAUGUUGGAAAAGAUCUUAGUCCUUCUUUGUUUGUCUUCUGCUUUGGCACAAGAGCUCUGUGAACCAGAUGCUUCAGAUGGCUACAAAGUCCGACUCAGCAUCAAAACCGCUCUGGGAGAUCAAGCUUACGUUUGGAAUAAAAAUGAAAUGUACCUUUUCCGAGCAACUCUGGCUUUUGCCAUGAGGACUCAAUCCAACGGACAGGAAUACGAUGUGUCAAACAUCAUUGUGUGUGAUGAGACGCCCAGAGUGUCCUUCUGGUUCGUGGUGACGUCACCGCAGAACAAUUUGCUCCUGGUUGCCAAAAAGGAGGUGGAGGAGGCUAUAAGAAAGUCCAGGAACCGCAUCAACAGUGCCUUUCUGCUGACCGAUAAAACUCUGGAGUUCGCCGGCAUCGAUCCCACCCUGGCAGCACCGGUCAGCUAUGACACCCCUCCAUGGCUGAUUGCGUUCGGGGUGGUUAUGGGCGCUGUAGGAGCUGGCAUCGUUGCACUGCUUGUAUCUUCUGUGAUCCAAAAGAAACGCAAAAAGAAUGAGAAAAGUGAAGACGAGGACGCUGAAGAAGAGACACGGGUAAAAACGGUGGAAAAUGGCGCUGCUUCGGGUGACGGUGUUUACAACAUGUCAUUCGCAGAUGAUGAGCGACUCACAACAAUGUAAAUCUAUAAAAACUCUUCCAUGUAAGCAGAAAGGUUAUUAAGCUUCUCCAGGUGGACUUUUGUUGCACUGUAAUAAUUAAUCUGCUAAAUCUUGUAAAUUGUAAUUGUUGUUUCACUGAUUUAAUCCAUUGCAAUAAUUUUGUCUCAAACUCUCAAAUGUAUGUUGCUUUUUGAUAAAAGCGACGUAAAAGCUAAAUGACAUCGUAGAAUUGUAGAUUUUUUUUAAAGCCUUUCUUUACUCCAAAUAAAUGCUAAUAACUACUUAUUAUACUGUAUAUGUAAAGACACAAUAAGUAGGAUUUUCUGAAAAAAAAAAUGUAUACAGUCAUACAAAAAUAAGUGUGUGGUAGCGUGCCCUUCCCUCUGCCUGUAUUUUCUCAUUUAUUUUCAUUGAUGUGUUCGGGACACUCCUGGGUAUGUAGAAGCUUGGGAAGCUUCGCUAAUUUAUCCUGUCUGGACAAAAAAACAUGAUGCCUACUAGCUAGCUAAACUGAAGUUUGCUUUGGGUGGGGAGGAGGAACUUUGAAUGUUGCAAUGGAAAAAUCCUACUCAUUGUGCCUUUAAAAUUUUUUCUUUUCUCUUUUUCUUUUUCUCUUUUUUUCUUUUAGCCAAACAUAAUUAGAUAGAAACCAGUAAGAGAAUGGUUCCAUAUAGAAAAGGGAUCAUCUGCAGCUCCUUUUAUGUGAUCGAAUCAAAAUGAGGUCCGUGAAAUUAUGAUACAAGAUAUCUGCUCCUGUUUUGUUUGUUGCCAUUCGAUUUCUGUCCCUAAAUUAAAUUCUAACUUUAAAAAAAAUAAAAUACAAUUAUUGUUUAAAUUAACAGUAGUUUAGCUCAUUAUGAUGAUGGUUGGACACCUUUAUAUGAGAUGACAGAAUGUCAUGCAUGUAUGCAGAUUUGUGUAAUCUAUCUGUGACAUUUGGUCCCCAUGUCGGCCUUAUUUGGUCAAUAUGGUUGUAAUAACACAUCGUGUUCAGGAGAUAUGACAUUUUUGUAAUAGCCAUGCUAUUUGUGGAGCUGUGUGGAAUAUCACAAAAUCUGAAAAAAACAUUUUUUUCUGGCUUGGUUCACAGAUACAAAGUGUGGUGAUAAUUGCUUAAAAUUUGUAAGAACAGUGCAGAAAAAAGGUUUGGGCACAAUUGACAAUGUAAACCCAUUUGCAGCAAUUAGAUGCUCAGAGUAACGGACGUAAUACGAAGGGUGCAGAGGACCACUCAGAAUGGGCAAGAGGAGAGAUUGAUGGUUCAAACAAACCCCAGACUUUGAACCAGGACACUGUGUGAAACUACGUCAGUGUUGUUAUUUGGAGUCAACCUGUGUAAUUAUAUCCAGUACUUUAAUGAGGAAGUUGUUUUUUAGCCCAACCCUGUUCUAUUACUCUAACCCUAGUCAGUAAAUCUAGUAUUGCCUGAAAUGAACUUUUUCCUGUGCACAGGAUGUCACAAUGCAUGUAACAAGCAGAUAGUGACACACUGUCCCUGACCCACCCAAAACCAAAAGGGAGUUGAUUUGUGUGUGUGUAUCAGACGCCAGGGGGCCGUGACAAAGCGUUAUUUUGUGACAAGUUGGGAUGAGAAUGCAUUGACAUUUGACACCGCACUCCCUUAGGUCCCCAGCAAAACACUCACCAAGUGUAAACUAGAUAAGAUGAAGGGCUCUCGAGAUAUUUGAAGGACAAACACACACACACACACACUCACACACACAGAUUCCUUGCUUAGUUGCAGCAUAAAGUGGAGGUGGGCACAACUGUGGGCUAGGAGAUAUAACAUUUAAUUACGGCUGGGCGAUAUGGACCAAAGCUCAUAUCCUGGUAUUUUUAGGCCGAAUGGCGAUAUAUGAUAUAUAUAUUGGGAUAUUAAACAAAACGUGCAAAGUGUUUAGUUUUAACUCAACCCCACAAGAAAUCGUCAUCAACCUGUUUUAACCUUCUACCUUUUGAAGCAAUUUCAUCAGAUUCAGAUGCUCUUCAUCUGCAAUCCAAAAUCCCUCCAAAUUACAGACCAUUGUUUUUUUUUCUUAGGAACUAGCUCUUGCUAGUGUGCAGAGGGGAGCAAACAAAUAGUGGUCAUAAGUUAAGGCAACAUCAAAAGGUAUUAUAUAUCGGUAUGACGGUAUUGUCUCAAUUACACAUCUCUUUCUAAAAUAUAUCGGUAUAAUAUAUCGGUAUAACUCGUAACACCGAUAUACCGCCCAGCCCUACGUUCAAUCACUAAUAAUCCAUUCUGUUUCUCAAUUGACAUAUUAACGAUUAUUGCUCUCAUACACACCUUUACAACCUGUGGCCCACAUAAAAAAAUAUGUAUAUGAUGUAAAUAUUUCAUAUUGUCAGACUUUUCAGAAAAAUAAAUAAAUCUGACUCUUGGAUGAGAAAAAGUU